AUGAGCGCCCCGCCCGCCUGCCCGCCCGCGGCUCUGGGACCCCGCACAGAGGCCGGCGCGCAGAGAGCGGGCGGGCGGUGGGCAGCGCGCGGGCGGAGCGGCCGAAAGUUUCUCUGCUCGCUUCAUCCCGCGAGCCAAAGCCGCCCGGCAGCACUGGGAAAAGAGAGACGAGAACACACUGCCAAACACACUGAAAAUAAUUCUCAAGUCAGACCGAGGCGCAGGAGGCAGGGCUCAGAGAAGGGUGCCAUGAGGCCAACAGCCUUCAAGCCGGUGCUGCCGCGGUCAGGAGCCAUCCUGCACUCCUCCCCGGAGAGCGCCAGCCACCAGCUGCACCCCGCCCCCCCAGACAAGCCCAAGGAGCAGGAGCUGAAGCCCGGCCUGUGCUCCGGGGCGCUGUCUGACUCCGGCCGCAACUCCAUGUCCAGCCUGCCCACACACAGCACCAGCAGCAGCUACCAGCUGGACCCACUGGUCCCCGCCGUGGGGCCCGCCAGCCGUUUUGGGGGCUCAGCCCACAACAUCACCCAGGGCAUCCUCCUCCAGGACAGUAACAUGAUGAGCCUGAAGGCGCUGUCCUUCUCCGAUGGGGGCAGCAAGCUAGCCCACCCGAGCAAGGCAGACAGGGGCUCCUCAUGCGUCCGCUCGCCCAUCUCCACGGACGAGGGCACCAUCCAGGAGCUGGAGCAGAAGCUGCUGGAGAGGGAGGGUGAGCUACAGAAGCUGCGACGCAGCUUUGAGGACAAGGAGCUGGCCUCCAGCCAGGCCUAUGAGGAGCGGCAGCGGCGGUGCAAGGAGGAGCUGGAGGGCCCGGAGCAGAAGAGCAGCAGCAAGCUGAAGCCUGCCUCACAGAAGAGCCAGCGCACGCAGCAGGCACUGCACCUGCAGGUGCUCCAGCUCCAGCAAGAGAAGCGGCAGCUGCGGCAGGAGCUCGAGAGCCUCAUGAAGGAGCAAGACAUGCUGGAGGCCAAGCUGCGGUCCUACGAGAAGGAGAAAACCAGCUUCGCCCCCACACUGGAGGAGACCCAGUGGGAGGUGUGCCAGAAGUCAGGCGAGAUCUCUCUCCUGAAGCAGCAGCUGAAGGAGUCCCAGAUGGAGGUCAAUGCCAAGGCCAGCGAGAUCCUCAGUCUGAAGGCACAACUGAAGGACACACGGGGCAAGCUGGAGGGCAUGGAGCUGAAGACACAGGAUUUGGAGAGUGCUCUGCGCACCAAGGGCCUGGAGCUGGAGGUCUGUGAGAACGAGCUACAGCGCAAGAAGAACGAGUCUGAGCUCCUGCGGGAGAAGGUGAACCUGCUGGAGCAGGAGCUGCUGGAGCUGCGGGCCCAGGCGGCCCUGCAGUGGGACAGCGCGUCCCGAGGGGCGGGGCUGGGGGCGGGGCCCGGGCCCGCCUUCUCCGAGGACAUCCCCUCCCUGCAGCGGGAGUUGGAGCGGCUGAGGGCUGAGCUGAAGGAGGAGCGGCACGGCCACGACCAGAUGUCCUCAGGCUUCCAGCACGAGCGGCUGGUGUGGAAGGAAGAGAAAGAGAAGGUGAUCCAGUACCAGAAGCAGCUGCAGCAGAGCUACCUAGCCAUGUACCAGCGGAACCAACGCCUGGAGAAGGCCCUGCAGCAGCUGGCCCACGGGAAUGGUGCCGGGGAGCCUCUGGAGAUUGAUCUUGAAGGGGCUGACAUCCCUUACGAGGACAUCAUAGCCACGGAGAUCUGAGGGGCCUCCUGGGAGAGGGAGAGCUGGGACCUGGCAUUAGGAGGCAGGGGAGCUCAGCCUGCCCAGCAGGGCGCCCCCUCCACUUCCCCCGCUGGUCUGUAACUCAGGCCUCUCUGAGAGAAGCUUCCCAGGCACAGACCUGGGAUUUUCAGGGGCAGGGAAGUGGAAGGGAGAGGGGGGACUGCCUCUCCUCCCCGUUCCCAUGGUCCCGCGCUCACCAUUCUCCAACACGCCAGACCCCUAGCUUUCCCAAGGGAUGGGCCCAGGGGUCUCCAUCAGUUGGUUAAGGGCUCCCUAAACCUUGGCCUUUGUACAAAUACUUAAGAGAUCCUCUCCCCCAGGGAUGGUGGUGGCUGCCGUGAAGACCAGGUGGCCACCUCUUUUCCUGCCUCUGUCCCCAUAACCCCUCUCCCCCAGAUACCCUGGGAUGCCUUGGGAAUAGAAAGAAGCCAUUUGUGACCAGACGCUGGUCAUACCCGAGCUCGUCCUCUGCCUACAGACGUGUAGGGGUUGGAGUGGGGUAUGGAGAACCUAAAUUAGCAACAUCAGCACUGUCUCGACCCUGGCAAGCCACAGAAAGGAAAGGAAAGCUGGGGCAGCCCAGGAGAAUCUACCCUUCAAGGCCAGACGGGACAGCGAGAGAAGCCCGGUAGUCAUGGCCAGACCCUGCUGGGCCUCCUAACUGGAGGGAAGCAGCUUUGGGCGGCUGGUGGCCUUUGACGUCAGUGACCACGCUUCUUAAAGCCAUAGAUACUGAGGGCCUGGGUGGGUGCUGGGAAGGGAAGAUUGAAAGUACCGUGACACAGGAGGGUGUGGCUUUCCAGUUGUCCCAGGGAGAGCCUCCAAAUAGCUUGUAGUGGGGGUUGGAGGCAGGGCUUCUCUACCUGGCUCAAGUUGACCAGAGGCUACUAUAAACUUGUUUUCUUCCUAAGAAUCAAGUCUUUGCUGGAUCCCAAAUCACCUAUAUCCACUAAGAUGGUGCAGGGUGAUCUGGGCAGUGGCAACUUUUCCCUGUCGCCUCUCCAACGCUAAGUUCAGACAAGAGUCUUUCCGGGGCAGGCGGGCUCCCCAGAGUGCCAGUGGCCCAGGCAGGCAGAAUGAGAGGUGCAGACACAGCCUUCUGAAAGCCCCAGGGCCACCGGCUGGCCUCCCUCCACCCCAGGCCUCAUAAGAGCCCUGACUGUCCAGAAGCCAGAAGCUGCAGCUGCUGGGGGCUGGACCAGUGCCUGGGGAGGCUGGGAGUUCUCUUCUGAAGAUGUGGAGAGCUGGGGGAGGACAGAAAAGGUAGACUUGCUCAGUUGCUUGUUUCAGGGAAUUUUCUUUUUUCCUUCUUCUUUUUUUUUUUCUUUCUGUCUUUUCAGAAGCAAGCUAGAUCUAGCAGGCAGCCAGGCUGUUCCAUGUUCUAUUUUUGACUCUAGCUACAGCUGCUGUUCUUAGGACAGCCAGCUCUUGCUGGGCUCCUGCGCCUUGUGCCUGCCUGCUGGGGGGACAAAGGGGAUGAGAAGUCUGGGUACUUCCGGAGUUCCACACCAAUCCCUGUCGGCCUCCCCAGCCUCUGAUCUCUGACCUUCAGCUGCAGACCCAGCCAGGGUGGGAGUGGGGCUCCUCCUCUUCCUGCCCCCCUCCCUCCAGGGCCCACCAUGUUCCUUCCCUGAGUCUCAGCUGAGGGCAGGGCCACCUCCCUGUGAUCCUCUCUGCCUUCCGGUCCCCAUGGUUAAGCCAUGCCUGUCCUGCUGCCUUCACAUGACAGCGGAGCAUUUCUGGAAUUUGAAGCCAUGGCUCUUAGUCAUAGGCUAGAUUUAAACCUGGAAUCCAUAGGCCAAGAGCCCUCUCCGUCCCUGGAGGGCAGUGCCCUCAACUGGGCACAGUGCAGACUCUUAAAUCAAAGAUGUCUCUUUCUGUGUGCCAUGGCCCUCAGGCCCGCCAUCUCCACCAGUCUGUGCCUUGUUUGAGUCCUUCCAGUGAGACUCCCCAUGGUACAGAGAAAGAGGCUGUUGCCCCCUCCCCAGGCUGGAGACACCCCCCCCCCGACAACCCUCCCAAAGAGCAGCCCCUCACCUCAGAAGAGGUGGGUGCUAAGGCCAGGGAGGUGGGUGCUAACCAUGGCGUGACUAUGCCCUGCACCUCACGUCCCUACUGCCGGCCAACCCAUGGAUGUCCUCCCUGGGCUGCCACCAGCCCAAGGCCCCAGGGUGGCCCACAGUGGCACCAGAGUACAUCUGUGUCCUGUAACAUAGGGACCUUGCCACCAUGUGGUUUUUCUUCCUUUCCCUGUGGAAAAACGUCCUUACGCCUCCUGGACCAUGCCAGGCCCAGCCCCUCUGGAAGGAGACUCCGAAUAGCAGAGGCUGAGCAGGGCCUGUGGAGGUCCGCCAAUGCAGGCCUCAGAGCAGGCAGCCUGGCCCCCGGCCAGCGUGAGUUCACGGUCCUCCCCUCUGAACACUCCUGCUGGCAUGUUUGCUCGCUCAGUCAGACCCAUCUCCUGCGCUCCCUGAAGGAUGCCUGACCUGAAAAUGCUUCGGCUGUCUGUAAAGAGAGAGCAGCGUCCAGCAGCACCUCACCAAGGAGGGGGUUCUGCCUCUGGGACUUGGGAUGACCAGACUCUCACGGGGCAUCCACUGUGGGUGGCUUCCUCUGGCCUCUGUGGAGUUCAGGUGACUCCUGCUGGGCGCACUCAGCUCCCAUGUGCACGGAGCUCUCGGGGGACUGGGGGUCAUCUUUCUCUGAGAAGCACCCGCUAAGCCUCUGCCCCCGCCCUGCUCUAGUCCCAGACCAGCCGGGGCUGCUGUUGGGUGAGAGGGCUGCCCAGGGGUAAGCCAGGCUGGGCUAUUGGAGCAGCAGCUUCGGGAGACGGUGUUGCCCGUGGGUCCCAAGUUCUGAGCAGGAGCCAUGCACCCUUUGAGGGUGGGCACUCACCUCACAUCCAUCCAAUGUGGUCUGUUCACUGCAUCUGCGGGCAGAGCCGGAACCACCCCCUCGCUGAAGCUGCCUUUGGACGGACUAGCAUUGGGAAGAAUAUGUACACAGUUGUUUUUCUCUUGGUUGUUUCUUGUUGUUUGGUUUGCUUUGCUUUUGACAGCUUUGGUUUAUUUUAUUUUUGAUGCCACGUUUUGGCCAUGUAAACUAUUACUGGUAAUUUUAUGUUUUUAUUUAUGAAUAAAGAAUGCCGUUUCCCAUGC